UUGGGUACUAAUUUAAAGACUUCUUUUCUCGCUUGAACAAUAUUUAAAGAGUUAGAUUGUAAAUUAUUUCUCUUAAUCAGUCGGAGGCGCAGGGGCGUCAAUUCAUCAUAUCACAAGUGGAUUAGAGAAAACAAAGAAGGAAGUUUUGGGAAUCAACUUGAAGAAAAUGGAAACAGAGAGCCAAUUGGUACGUUUGUGCAUAGAAGCAGCUUGUGAAAGCAGAGAAUCUAUAGACAAAUGGCGGAGACAACGACGGACUUUGGAGCGCCUCCCUUCUCCUCUCGCCGACAUUCUUCUUCGCCGCCUCCUCCACCGCCGCCUUCUUUUCCCUUCUUUGCUCGAAGUUUUCAAACAAAGCGUGGAGGUGGUUGAUCUGAGAGGUGAAAAUGCGGUGGAUGCAGAGUGGAUGGCUUAUUUAGGCGCAUUUCGUUACUUGCGUUACCUGAAUCUUGCUGAUUGUAAUAAAAUCACUAGUUCUGCCCUUUGGUCUUUAACUGGGAUGACUAGUCUGAAGGAAUUGGAUCUUUCUAGAUCUGUGAAGGUUACUGAUGCUGGCAUCAGGCAUCUUCUAUCAAUUUCAUCGUUAGAAAUACUGCGGAUUCCAGAAACAGGUCUAACUGCAAAAGGGGUUGCACUUCUCACUUCUCUUACAAAUUUGUCUGUUUUGGAUUUGGGUGGUUUACCUGUCACUGACAUGGCAUUGAGUUCGCUCCAGGUGUUGACAAAGCUAGAGUACCUUGACCUCUGGGGAAGUAAUAUAUCUAACAAUGGGGUCGCUGUUCUUCAACUGUUUCCUAAACUAAGUUUUCUCAAUCUUGGUUGGACUAGUGUAACAAGGUUGCCCAGUAUGCUAUCUCUUGAAUACUUAAACUUGAGUAACUGCACCAUUGAGUCUCUUCUUGAAGGUGAUGGUGAUAAAGCUCCUUUAACUAAAGUUAUAUUAUCAGGAGCCACAUUCCCAAAUGAGGCUGAAGCAUUUUAUAACAUAGAACCCCGUUUCCUCUCUUUCUUGGAUGUGUCCAAUUCUUCUCUUCAGGGAUUCUACUUCUUACAUGACAUGAAAAUGCUGGAACACUUGGAUCUUAGCUCUACCAUGAUGGGAGAUGAUGCAAUUGAAGCUGUUGCAUGUAUAGGAGCCAACUUGACAAAUUUGAAUCUGAGCAAAACGAGAGUUACCUCUGCUGGAUUAGCAAUUUUAGCUGAACACGUUCCCAAGCUUGAAUAUUUGUCGCUAUCUCAUGCUCUUGUCGAUGAUUUUGCCCUCUCAUAUAUUGGCAUGAUGUCUUCACUAAAGGUUGUCGACUUGAGCAAUACAAAUAUCAAAGGUUUCAUUCGCCAGAUGGGUGUAGAAACAAAUUUGAUUCCUUCACUGAAAGCUUUACAGGGCCUCAGUGGUUUGCAGAGCUUGAAUUUGGAGCAUACCCAAGUUAGGGAUGCAGCCGUAGCCCCUGUAUCGAGCUUCCAAGAGUUGAGUCAUUUAUCUCUUAAAAGUGCUUCCCUUGCAGAUGAGACACUUUACCAUUUGUCAUCUCUAUCAAAGUUGACAAGUCUCGUCAUUGGUGAUGCUGUGUUGACAAAUUGUGGACUAGAUUUAUUCAGACCUCCAGUGGCACUGAAAAUGCUAGACUUGAGGGGGUGUUGGCUCUUGACCGAGGAGGCGAUCUCAUCAUUUUGUACAAAACAUCCAGCAAUUAAAUUGAGGCAUGAACUCCUUAAUGUGUCUUCACCAAAUGAAAGUAGCUCUUACCGUGCAUCUCCAUCACGCAUACUUUCAAGACCUCCACAUGUGAGCCGGAAGCAGGGAAAGAUGCCAGUGUCUUGGCCCAUGCCUCAGCAUUUUAUAGAUCAAAGGUUGAAGUAUAGUAGAGAGGAAUUACUUGCAUUACAAUACCAAUCUUCUCAUGAAAGAGGUAUUGCAAUGCCAAAGAUGCCCAAUAGUUGGGACCGAAACUAAUACUAGAUGCAGUUAAGGGCGAUCCCUUGUCCACCGAAAAGGAUUUAGAUAUCCACUUUGGUGGUGGUUGUCGUCAAUCUUGUUUGUUGCAUUAGAAACACUUAUCCCCUUCACUUGUAACUAUUACGAUGCAGAAUGAAAAUGAUUAUCAGCAGACUGUAGUCUCCUUUCUUUGAAAAUGAAAUGCAGUCUAAACUUCCACAA